AUGGCCGCUGUGGUCAUGUGGAAGAGGAUCAGUCCCGUAGAAUCUGACCGGGAUGACUUAUCUGUGGCAGGGGUGCAGCCUUUUAUAGAGGAGAAAGAGCUGGAGGUUUUGGAGAAAAGACAUUCAGAUCUUUGGUUAAACGAAAAACGGGCAAACAAUCUAGAAGACAGUGUCAUGCAAGCAGCCGAGAAGAGUUCAUGGACAUUUGGCGAGGUGUACUGCACCAUGUUAAUGGCGUGCAUGAGUGGGACCUGGAUCGUGCUGAACCGCAGAUGGCUGAAGGAUGUGGAGAAGUUCCUCACAUUUCGGACCACCUCACAGCUGGAAUCAUUCCAAAACCAUAUUCUGAUCGCGCUGGCCAGCACUUCAUACAGAGAGACAGGUCCUGGCAGAAUUUAA